AUGGGACUCUUUGCAGACGAGAACGAGAAGAAGCCUUCAGCACUCCGCGAAAAUGCACAUGACAGCACCUUGGUGUCUCCGAACACGUCCCAGCAGCUCGGGAAGUAUAUUGUGAACGGGCUGGAGAUGCUUUCUCUGUCUGAUAUUAAGGUUGUUAUAGACGAAAAGAACGGGGUGCUGGACAGCAACAUCUCUGACGACCAUGAGGAGGUGGUGUCUGGAUUUGGGAGCACAUCCAUAGAAAGCGACGAGGGAGAAGAUUGUGUGUAUCUGUCGAACAUAUACAAGACCUAUCUGAAGCUCAACGAGAAGAUUGACAUGCUGAUUAGAAGAGAAUAUUUCGACAAAGCAUUUGUGAAGCAUGUUCUUGGGGAGGUGUGCUCGGGUGACCUCGAGAGGGCUAGAAACACCAUAUGCGGGGAACUGAAAGAAAGGGACCCUUGCUUUCCUGCGGACAUGUACCGCACUGUGCAGAAUGGAGCCUUGGGCUCACCGGGGAAUGUGCUAGGGAAGAUACACGAGCUGAUUGAAGAUCUAAAGGACAUUGAGGAGACGAGCCACAGGCUUCGGAAGAUGUUUUUUGAGAUGAGGAGCAGAAGCUUCGAGGCGGAGCUGGGAUAUGCAAAGGCCAACAGCGAGCUUGUGAAGCAGCUUGACAAGUGCUCGAGAGAGAUGGAGGACCAGAGAAGGACAAAUGCCCUGGUCGUUAAAGGCGUCAUGGAUGCGAUUGAGGAUCUUGGGGUCGAUGUAGAUGUAAGGGACAGCGAUGUACGCAACAUGCCAAACAUCCUAAGGAGUGUCCUUAAGGGUGCUUGGAAAAGGAUUAGAGCAGCAGAGUCUGAGGGUCAGGAUCUGAGAUCGAAAGCAAGAGAAUGGGAGAGAGUUUCCAGGGAUUACAGAGAGCUUAAGGAUGAGAUGGAUAGAGUUCGAAGCGAGAAUGCCAGCUUUUCUGAAGCGGUGACAAAGCUUAGCAAUAAGAAUGCAAGGAUGAGGAAAGACUACGAUGUUUUAAGGGAAGCGCUUAAGAAAACGCUGGAAUCCAGCAAAAAGAAGAGCAUUACAAUAGAAAGGCAGAAGAGGAUCAUCGACGUUCUCCAAAACAGAAUUGGGGAUGGGUGCAUACUUCCUGUGAAUGAGCUGCAAUCAAAGAUCGAUGAGAUUAGAAAGAGGGCUGAUGCCGAGCUCGACCCGGAUAAAAAGAGAAAGCUGGAAGAGGAAGUUACAGACUACGAAAGAAGAAUGUCCGAUUUCGUGUCUCUUCUGAAGAGGACUGACAAAUAA